AUGGUCUCAGCAUCGCAACUUCUUGCGGAUUUGGCGAGUUUUUCCGCAGACCUCAAGCGCAAAAACACAAAUGUGCGCCGUCUCGUUGAAGUGGCCGAGGCUGAGGCGAAAAAGCUUCCCGGCUCGGCCCAAAUCUCAGAAGCGGCUAUACAAACGACGCUUUGUCUCCCAUUUGUGGAAGGAUUGGCCUGUGGGAACGUGAAGUUGGCCAACAAUUCUCUCAAUAUUUUGCUGCGCCUUACAUUUCUGUCCACUGUGCCACUCGAUCAGGUUCUGAUGGUGAUUGACAUUUUGCAUAAGUGGGACAUGCCCGGGCUUGGCUGGGAAACACAAUUGAAGAUCUUACAGCUUUUGCCGCCCAUCACACUGAACUACACACUUUCUCGCGAGCAUUUUUUGCGUCUCUUGGCCUUGUGUUCUCGCCUUUCCGAAUCGCCCAAUGUGGCAGUCUCCAACACAGCCAGGGCCACGUUCCAGCAGGUAUUCAGCUCUGUAUGCGACAAGCUUCGGAAUCACACGGCCGGUGAAAAGUCCCAUGAAGUUGUUCUUCCCUUGGACCUGACAGAUGAGAAGCCACAGGUGUUUCACCUUGAUGUUUUGGAAGCUGCAUGUUUCUCCACAUUCCUGGAUUUGGCGUGCUUGAUUUCGGGCAACGAAACGGAAAAUUUCAGCUCAGAAGAUAUCCACAUCAGUGCCCAGACGCUGCUUGAGAUUUUUGAAAAUGUUUAUUCGCUCAACAGGGAUGUUUUCGAAUCCCAGCCAGAGUUGGUGGCGCUUUUGAAAGCAAAAGUAGUUCCAGGCCUACUCAAGAUCCUCAAUUCGCCCACCACAACCUUUCCUGUGGUUUUACGUGUUCUACGAGUUGUCCAUCUUUUGGUUGAGUCCCAGCUUCCCGCUUUAAAUGACGAAGGAGAGAUUUUGAUAUCUGUUUCGAACCAUAUUAUUCUCAAUAAGCCCCAGCAGGUGUCGAUAUCAGACUCUUCGAUCUUAGAUUCGGCUUUAUCAUUGACUGGAACAGCGCUGGCUCAAAUGUCUGUUUCUACUUCUCCAGCCUGGGAACGCAUCCUUGUUUUGGAAAUGUAUACAGCUCUUUUCGGCAAUUUCCCCACGGUCAGAUAUCUCUACAGCGCAUACGACAGCAACACGAAAAGGAAAAGUGUUUUGCACGAAGUUUUGAGCGUCGUGAACACCAUGCUCAAUACAAAUUACCCGCAAUUUUUUGCUCAUGAGACUGUUCAACCAGCACCAGAUCGCUCUACUGGUCUCAGUCUCUCUAAACAAACUUCGGAAUUAAAAGUUUCCGUUUUGGACCAUUUGGAUAAGCAAGAGGCCCCUUCUUCCCUUCCGCUGUUAUACAGCGUGCAUCUAGCUUUCAAGAUACUUUUAAAUUUUGUAAAUGGUGUCUCAAAGUUUGUGGAAAAGCUUUCAAUGAAUCAAUCACAGUCAGAUCUUGAAGUUGACUUAGACUUCAUUACAGCUAUAAACGACUCGCUUUUCCCGGAGAUUUUUCAGAUGCUUAAAAAGUUCUUACAUUGCUCAAUGGAUUCAGAACAUUUCCACGCUCUUAUUCUCGCUUUGCAAAAAUACAUACACUCGAUCGGCUUGUUGGGACUUUCGUCUUUGAGAGAUGGCCUUCUUUUGAUGCUUUCCGAUUGCAUCAUCAAAAAUACUGCUCUCUCUGAAUCAAGCAAGAAAAGUGGGGCGGCACAACUACUCUCAAUUGGAGAAUCUAUCGUUGAAUCUAUAAGCUCAACCAUUCAGGCACCUGUGAAUUCCUCUGCGGGGACACAACUGUCACAGAAAAGCGAGAUUUCGAGCACAAGAAAAAACAACGGCGAAAAUUCUGUCUUACAUUUGGGUUCUCGUCUGUUCAAUUCUCGCCAGGCUGUGUGCCUUGGGGCAAUGUAUAACCUUGCUGUGUCCUUGGGUUCCACUUUACAAGCAUCAUGGAAAAUUGUAUGGAUCACUUUCCAGUGGGUUGACUAUUUCAUUUCGGGACCUGAUAAAUUCAGCGGGCUGAAAGACUCGAAAAACCACAAAGAACCCAAAUUAUCACAACAGGACCUUAAUUAUAUUGAGGAUGCAAGGUCCAAGUUUUUCCAGAGCAUAAAAGACUAUCAGCUGACCUCUUUCAAGGAGCUUUAUCUUGCAUUAACUUCUCUCUAUUCAGUGGAUGGACAAGCUGAAGAAAAUAAAAGCAUUAUCCCUUUAGACGUUUGUCCUUUCAACAGAACUUUCUUCAUUGAUCAACUUAUUACUGUCUUAGAAGUGGAUCCAAAAAAGUAUGUGUUGGGUGAUGAUGAAGUAUGGGAUCACUUCGUUCAAUACUUCACGAAAUUGACAACCGAGAGGUCGGUCACAUCUGUCGUCAGAAAUUAUUUAGUUGCCGUCUUCACUGACUUCAUCAUUGGCCUCCAGGUUGAAAAGCCUGAAAUGGAGUUCCUCGCUCAGAAAUCCUUGAAUGCUUUGAAUACUUUUCUUAGUGCUCUUAUUGCAUUGGGGACACCAAAGGAGCACUUAAUUUUGAACUGUGAGACAGAAAUGCAUUUAACAGCGUUGAAAACACUUCGUCAACUCGUUGAUGCAUACGAUGAAAACGUGAAAAGCUCGUGGGACACAGUAUUCAAAAUAUUAAACACGACGUUCAUUAACACACAGAGCGACCUAAAGCAAGACAGCAAUUUUGCUGAGAAAAUGGCGCUCCUAAUCUCUACAUCAUUUGAUACUUUAAAGCUUAUUUUGGAUGAGUUUUUGAGCUCUCUACCCUUUUCGCAGCUCAAAGCACUAAUCGAUACAUUGUUAAAGUUUUGUUCUCAAACAUAUGACCUCAAUAUCUCUUUCAGCUCCGUUAGCUAUUUCUGGCUCAUCAGUGAUUGCAUCAGAUCUAGUAUCGAAACUGAUCUAGUUCCGUCGGAUGAGAAUAUCAUUAAUUCCAUUACAAACUUGGAACAGUUGGAAAAUAUACUCUCUCAACCAGUUGCAGAGAACCCUCACACUAUGAGUCAAGCUUUAAAUAUUUAUCUUCUUGCACGGCUUUCUAAUCUUGCAAGUGAUGAGAGACCAAGGGUAAGAGAAGGGGCAAUCCAGACCUUGUUUCAAAUUAUAGAUGCUUAUGGUAAGCAGCUCCCUUCGUGGAAUCUUAUUUACGAUAUUGUUUUGCCUGACUUGUUUAACAUGGAUAAUUUGCGUGGAACGGAUAGCCCGAAGAAUCGAACUGAUGCUAUCGAAAGCUUGAAGCUAGUAACGACAGGGCUGAUUUCGAUGUACACAAAGUUUUUAAUGAGAUUCGAUAAUACAGUUGACAAGACUCUAGUGGAAAAAUUCUGGACACGCCUUGCGGACUAUUUCGCUUCUAUGCUUGCAUUGAAUUGGAAGGAAUUGAAUCUUAAACUCUUUCAAUCGUUUCGAGAUCUCUUGAAAUCCUUAACAGCAAUUGAUGACGUUCCACCUGAGAUAACAAGGCUCAUGUUUAAAUUUUGGGUCAAGGUACCUGUGGACUAUGACUUAGUCAAACCGGAAUACCAAGAUUCUCUUGCAGUUUACAAUGAGUCGUUCGGACUGUUGUAUCUUCUUAUCCAAGACUCGCUUACAGUUGAUGAUAUAUUGCAAGUAUUAGAUAAGUUGAACAAAUGCGGAAGAUACCCGGUAUUGAAGACUGGACAGACAGACAAUAUCAAGCCUACAAUACUUCAAAAAACAGUUUUGACGAACCUACAACUUAUUGACAAAAAGGGCCACAACGAGGAGAUAUUGGCUGCGGUUAUACAGCAACUUAGCACCAUUGUUGCCUAUCCGUACGAGAUUCGGGCAAGGAUCGAGGCAAAAUUGCAGAACAAGAUUGAAAGAAAGUUCAAGAUUCCUUCCUUCAUUGCGCUCAGUGAACUGGCGUUGGAAUUGCUCACAACAAAGCUACACGAACUUAAGCACAUCCAAGUUUUGCUCAAGGACAGGAACUUCAUCAAGCUUGUUUCAAGCUUAUUGUACGCUGUGCAUGAUAAAUCACCAGGGUGCCCAGAUACUGGCAAAGAACCGUUAUGGGUGCGGUGUAACGAAGUCAUUGCGUAUCUUAUCCAACGUCUAAUUGAAGAAUACGGAGAACAUGUCAAAGCGGACCAUGAAUUGUUGCAACUUAUACUCGAGUGCAUUUUGGUGACAUUUGAAGAGUCAAGUGAAACUCAAGAAGCAUGUAACAUUCACCAGUACAAAACGUUGUCUGCGACUGUGUUGCCCUUGCUAUUUUCUGUGGACGCCCAGCACGACGGUUUGGUGGAACAAUUUAUUUUCCGUGUCUACAGACAGUCCUUCUUGUACGAGCUCAACGAUAUUGAAGCAGCAUUGGUUGGAAAGCUAAUUGAGCAGGCGAGCAUGGAGGCCAAUGAAGCUGCAUUCGAAGCGUUGGCGUUAUUCGAGUUUGACGAAAGCUUCGGCAGCACUGCUCCGUUGGAAAUUUUCCCGAACGACUGCCUACGGUGCAGAUGCCUCGACGAUCUUUUCUCGUUUGCCCUUGCAGACAAGCGGAGCGCCCAAAUUGCCAUGGUGUACUUGAACACUCGCAGCGCAUAUUGCAUUCGGCGGUUUAUUGCGGACGCGCGGCUUUUGGACAAAAAACCGUUGCCAAAGAUCCAGGAGGACGAGAUCACCUUGGUGCUACAAGGAAUGCGCCGGGUGCAGCACAUGUGGACUUUUCUGCAACAGCAGUUGUUCCAGAAGCUCUUGUCGCAAAUGCUUCCAUACGCACUGCGCAUCGAAGAAGUAGAUGCUUAUGUGCAGCGCAUACUUGAACCUAUGGAAGAAACCUUGAGUAAUAGUGGUGCGGUGCAUGCAGGGUAA